AUGUCAUUUGUAAUUGCUUGCGGCGGUACUUCCAAAUUUAUGGCACCAUUAUCAUUACCACCAUCUUUUAACAGCUUCGUCAUUACACAGAACAACAAGAUGAAGAAGGGUUUGGUGUUAGGUUAUUGGGGGUUUAGUAACACUAGAAGGAAUGUGAUUGUUAAGGCAUCAAGCGACGUUGCUUCACCAUCCAUCUGGGAGAACUGGAAAAAUCCCAAAUCGUUUUCUACUCUUUCCUUCAGCGGUAUUCUAUGGCCUUCUGCAGGGGCAUUUGUAGCGGUGGCCAUAUUGGGAAAACUGGAUCAGUUAUUGACACCAAAAGAACUCACAAUCACAAUUGCACUAUUAGGAGCAGUUUCUGCACUCUUAUUUGCCUCACCUUCAGCCCCUUCUACACGGAAGCAUCAGUUUCUAUUGUCAUCGCAUUUGCACUAUCCAUCAGCAUCACCAAGGCGUGUCAUCAGUGUUGUGGCCAUUAAAAGACUACCUUACCGCUUCUAUCAUCAUGUAAGCAAAGCACCCCUGAAGAGAAGACAAGGAAAGUUAGGAAGAUAA